UUCCUUCCGGUUGCCUAGGACUAGAGGAUAUAAAUAAUAAGCUAAAAGCGGUAAGAUUAUCAAAACAAUGGCGGUUGGGCCAGCUUUAUUGACAUCACUGCUUGCUUCCCCGCUCUACUAUUGCUAUGUGGCUUCUUAAAUGAUGUAAUAGAAGUAAAAGAGAGUAUAAUCGAUAGUAAUAACUGCGUCAAUAAUGUGAUAUUCCCUCUUAAUGGGUGAGCGAUCUCUGAAUCCCCUCAGUUAUGACGGAGAAGUGUGUACGGAGUAAAAAUCAGGUGAUUUUUGAUACCUAUAGAAUCGUCUAUAUAAAUGGUACGUCCACAGCUCAUUUUCCUACUAAUUAUCCAUUCUAUUUACCUUCAAAAAUGGACUUGCAGGACAUUCUCGAUAAUACAGUUCCUGAAACUGUCUUCCAUGCGAUUGAGGAAGACGUAGAACUAGUGGAUUUAUCCGCUAGUUCUCCUACCUCUCCCUCUCUAACCCCUCCACCCACUCCAACCCCUCCACCCUUAACCCCUCCUGCUCAGAUCUUUGAUAUAGAGCGCGAAAUCGACUUGAAUCUUGCCGUACGCCCUCAUAGCGGAUACUGGUCGGUGCUUACUCCAUUGUACGGUCUUCCGAUUAUCGAAGAAGACGAGGAUAUUGAAUCCAAUGGUGGUGAAGGUCCUUCCUCUCAAGAGCCUCCUUCUCAAACGCUUACACUCCCCUUUGGGGAGAUUUCCUCAGACUCUGAAGACGAAAUCGAGGAGAUUCCACGUCCUUUUACUCCACACGAACCUCCAGAAGAGACAGUGCUUGCCGCACGCCUUCGCCAGGUAGCACAAGACCUUGAAUCGCUCGAUAAUCCUCUUCCCUAUACUCGUGCUCCUGGUCCUCGACUCCAGGGCAUUCAACGACGAAAUGAGGAGUGGGCAAGGGCUAAUCCUCUCGAUCGCGAUGACCGAAUUAGGGUCGAUUUGAUGUACAAGCUGGGGUUUACAGACAGCGAGAUUGUAAAGGAGUUUAAGGAGAAGAAGUGGACGAUUCGUCAAGUUCAACAUGCACGAGCACAACCACAUACCCCUCGUUCUCGAUGUAAUUUCCGAGGCCCUGUCCUUUGCACAGAGUAUCGCAAGAAGCUUGUCCGUUGGAUACAGGAAUCGCCAUCGUACCGGCUUGUCAAAUGGGAGGAUAUACCUGGACGUUUGGACUUGGGGAUACCAUAUGGUAUAAAGGCUAUUAAAGCUGCGAUGGAUACAGAGGGGUAUGGGAGGAGAGUCUUACGAAUUCGUCCUCCUAUUUCUGAUAAGGUUCGCCGCGAUCGACUCGCAUUUGCUUGGGUACAUAUCACAUGGACUUGGAUUAAUUGGUUUCGCUAUCUUUGGAGUGAUGAGACCUGGGUAACUGGAGGAUCAUACGGAAGGGUAUGGGUUACUCGUCUUAUUGGUCAGAACGAGGAGUGGCAUCGCGAUACGAUUACAUAAAGGCAUAGGAAGAAGCCUGGGUGGAUGGCUUGGGGGUGCUUUGCUGGGACACUGAAAGGGCCACUCGUGAUAUGGGAGAAGGAAUGGGGCAUAAUUAAUGCUGGCUCAUAUACUCCCAGUUAUUGGGCAGUGGAUGGAGCAGAACUCUCACCUGGAGUGGACGUUCAUGCAAGACAACGCUCCUGCCCAUAAUGCUCGUCAAACGAAGGCAGCAUUCGCUAAUAUAGGUAUAAUUCCACUAGCCUGGCCUGCCCUCUCACCAG